UCGACCACGGUUGCAUUGCUGUAAAUGGACACUGAGGACGUCGGAUUGGACAUACAUCGGGGGUUUCUGGUUCACUGCACGGAUAGCGCUGCUGCUAUCAGUCUGGUAUUUUAUAGGCGUCCAUUACUGGGCCUUAGAGAAUUACAACUAUCUGGACUCUCGAAGAGGACGUUGUUCCAACAGACUCGUAUAGAGUUAGACGAUAACAGACAACAGGAUUCUUGGUGAAUAGGGUGUUGAACGUUUUAUUGACUUUAAUAGAUCAGGUAAAAUCUUAUCCUGGAUCUUUCUAAACUAAGAUUAGCCCACAUCAGACACUUAUUUGUCACCACUUAAGUUUUGAUAUUGAUAAUGACAUCUGAUCGCUCUGAUCUAGCUGUUUUUUAAAUCUGAAUUCUGCAACAAAGAAAGUAACUGUAAAUGUAGGCGAGCUACAGAUUUACUGUCACUUUUUUAUUUGAAUAAACGCUGAAGAAAGAAUAGCUUCCACUAUGGAUCGGGACAGAGCUAGUCCGUCCCCCUCCACCCUGCCGGAGUCCCCUGGUCACAACUCUCCUGGUAGCACCUUACUGCUGGGUCUGAAGAGGGUUUCUGUGCGGCUGGUCGACUGCAGGAAAACAGCAGGGCAGAGUGGAGCUGUGAGAGAAGGACACGAGGAGGGAGAUUUGAUAUCAUAUCUUGAGCAAGGGGACACCCCUAACUCUCGUUCUCUCAGUGGGAGGGGCGUAUCAUCUGGGGAGCCUCAGCCACACGAUGUUGCUGAAGAGACAGAGAAGACUCUCUCCAAAUCAGAACAUCUCAAGAAACCCCAGCAGAGACGUACAGGGAAGAAACCUCACCACUGCUGCUCUAACUGUGGGAAGAAUUUCACAAGCCGAAGUGGCUUCAUUAUUCACCAGCGGAUUCACACCGGAAAGAAACCGUACUGCUGCUCUCAGUGUGGGAAGAGUUUCACUGCUUCUCAAACCUUAAAAUAUCAUCUGAGAAUUCAUUCAGGGGAGAGGCCUUACCCCUGCCUUGAUUGUGGGAAAAGCUUUGCUUAUUUGGGCGCCCUAAACAUACACAAGCUAACACACACUGGAGUGAAGCCUUAUAGCUGUGAUCAAUGUGGGAAGAGCUUCAGUCAGUCUGGCCACCUGACAACACACCAACUAACACACACUGGAGUGAAGCCUUAUAGCUGUGAUCAGUGUGGGAAGAGCUUUGCUCUAACUUCCUCCCUGACUAGACACCAGCGUACACACACUGGAGAGAAACCUUAUGUCUGUCUAUGUGGGAAGAGCUUUGCUGUAGCUUCCAAUCUGACUACACACCAGCGAACACACACCAGAGAUAAGCCUUAUAGUUGUUAUCAGUGUGGAAAGAGCUUUGCUUCUUCAGAAACACUAACUAUACACCAGCGCAUACACACAGCAAAGAAACCUUUUUGCUGUGGUCAGUGUGGGAAGAGCUUUGCUGUAGCUUUCUCCCUGAUUAUACACCAGCGAACACACACUGGUGAGAAGCCUUACAGCUGUGAUCAUUGUGGGAAGAGAUUCAGUCAAUCCGUACACCUGAAUACACACCAGCGAACACAUACUGGAGAGAAACCUUAUACCUGUGAUCAGUGUGGGAAGAGCUUCAGUCAAUCAGGGAACCUAAAUUCACACCAGCAAACACACACUGGAGAGAAACCUUAGAUGUGUGGAAAGCAUUGUUCAUUUAGGGCCUAUGUGGAAAAACACCAGAAAACUAAAAAUGUAAGAUCUUUGUCCCCAUGUGCAGUUGCAAACCGUAGUCUGGCUUUUUAUGGCGGUUUUGGAGCAGUGGCUUCUUCCUUGCUGAGCGGUCUUUCAGGUUCAGAAGCUUCUAAAGCCAUG